CCCGCCAUCACGCUGGAGGAGGGGCUGCGUUGGGUACCCCCGGAGCGGCGAGCUAAGGCCAGGGUGCUGGACGUGGCCGCUGGGACGGGCUGCGUGGGCCGCGAACUCCACCGGGAAGGCUUCAGGCACAUAGACGCUGUGGACCCGUCGGAGGGCAUGAUGAAGCAGCGGGAGACUGGCAUCUAUACCAACGACUUCCUGGAGUUUUUCGGCAGCGGACACUCCACCGUGCCCAAAGACACAUACGACCUGGUGGUCACCUCGGGCGGUAUGGGCGAAGGUCACAUCUCACACAGUGGCCUCGACGACGUUGUGCGCGUCGCAAAGAACGGAGGCUUCGUGAUCAUCGUGAUGCGCCAUGAGUUCCUACAGACCGUGCCUUCCUACAAGGACAAGCUGGAGCCUUACAUGGACCAGCUGGAGGCGGACGGGAAGUGGAAGAAGGUGGAGCGGCGCAUCGUCCCAAACUAUUUCUGUGACAAGGAGGGUCUCGUCUUCGUCUUCCGCAUCAAUAAGCCUGAGUGAGGAGGAAGAGGAGGGAAGGGAAAGGAGGGAGAUGAAGAGGAGGAGUUAUAGUGGUGCUGUGCCAAGGCCGUCUCUGUGUAACAGCCUUGGCUCUCGUCGCGGCACCCGAGACUGAGGUGUGAAUUAUCGUGGUAUCAUGGCGUCUACGAUGUUAUAUGAUAGUCUACGCAUAGGGCACAUUUGUCUGUAUUAAUCAUAUUAUUGAAAUUGUCGUAAAAAUCUGUUUUAGUUUAUAAGACUGAGGCUGCAGAAUCCUUAACCUCAGACCUUGCUAUCAUCUCCGAUUGGGAUAAAAGGAACCUUUGGGUUUUUGUGUCCUUCAAUGCCUCAAAAACCCAAUUUAUCCACCUUUCAACUCGACACAAUCUUCCAAACACCUAUCCCCUAUUCUUCAACUACACUCAGCUGUCACCUUAUAAUUCUUCAGAACUAAAUAUCCUCGGUCUAUCCUUAACUCAAAAUCUUAACUGGAAACUUCUCAUAUCUUCUCUCACUAAAUCAGCUUCCUCGAGGUUGGGCGUUCUGUAUCGUCUCCUCCAGUUCUUCUGCCCCGCACCGCUGCUAUCCAUAUACAAGGGCCUUGUCCGCCCUCGUAUGGAGUAUGCAUCGCACGUGUGGGGGGCUCCACCCACACAGCUCUUCUCUAUCUUUCGGCCACUCCUCUGUUGUAAAAAAAAAAUUAGGUCGCUGAUUAUGUAGAUGUAUGUGUGUGUGCAUGUGUAAUGGCAAGUUGCCAGAACACGAUAACGAAGACCUCAGACUCGUGUGCUGCGACUAUAGUAUACGUUUAGGAAUGCUUGGUCUGGGUCUUGGGGUCUUGAUGAUGUACAGACAUGUGUAUAUAUAUAAUAAACGGGUGCCUACUUCCCCUCAGAAUCAUGUUAAUCUUUGUUUGUUUCUCAAGUUAAUUUAAGUGAUUACUCAUCCUAAUUUUAAAUGCGUCUGCUGUUCCUAAUUUAUAAUGCGUCUGCUGUUCCUAAUUUAUAAUGCAUCUGCUGUUCCUAAUUUUAAAAGCGUCUGCUGUUCCUAAUUUAUAAUGCGUCUGCUGUUCCUAAUUUAUAAUGCAUCUGCUGUUCCUAAUUUUAAAAGCGUCUGCUGUUCCUAAUUUAUAAUGCGUCUGCUGUUCCUAAUUUAUAAUGCGUCUGCUGUUCCUAAUUUUAAAAGCGUCUGCUGUUCCUAAUUUUAAAAGCGUCUGCUGUAGCCCUACGUGGCGCAAUGCAGAGGAAGUUAACUUAUUUAAUCUGAAAGUAAAGUGAAAUGAUCAGCAAUUUAAGUUAAGUAACAGAGCAGUGAAUUAUAUGUGGCAGUGAGCAUGUGGAAGGAUGAGAUGGAACGAGAGAACAAAGAUUAACGAAAAUAAUAAAAACUCUCGCUCCCAUCCCUCCCUCCUCCAUACUUCCUUCCUCGAACAGAGUCGUCCGCCGCUGGAACAGCCUCCCCGCAGAAGUAGUCAGUGC